CACUAUCACCGCCUUUCAGAUCUUUAAAAGGUGGUGCUUUGCUGUGGCUCUCUCGAUCUCCAUUUGUCUCCUCCGGCACUGCAGGGGACUAGACCAGCAAAGCACCAAGGAAAGCUACUGUAUAAAAACGGAAGGAAGACUGAGGAAAAAGGAGAGAAGGCAGAGAGAGUGAGAGCAAUAUAUACAUCCAGAAAUAGCAUCAGCCACAUUUAACUGACAGAGAGUGACAGUGUGGAGAACCUGAGACCUGGACAGAAAAUGCCUAUCCUUUCUAACUUAACUGCCGUUGUUUUGUUGCUGAUUGCUCACUGCGGAUCAUGGACUGGGGCAAACCGUUUGGGCCCCUUCAAGCUAUGUGCUGCCUGCAAGGAUCCACUGGGGGCAGGUCGACCCCCCAGGGACCAUAAUAUUGCUGGCAGCACAUCAAUGUUGGCCCAGGGAGAGCCCUGUGGUGUGUACACACUGACCUGUGCCAAGGGGCUCCGCUGUGUUCCACCACCACGGGAGCACAGUCCUCUCCAGGCUCUGUUGCAGGGAAGGGGCAUUUGCGCCAAGCACAGCAGGACUAGUCCCACUGAGAGGCCCCACCCCACAGGUCCACAUCCCUCACACAGUGGUGAUAUUGAAAAAGCACCCUGCCGCAAGCUGCUCAAUGUUGUCCUGAGGGGUCUUGAACUGACAAUCUUCCAGUCUGACCACGACAUCUAUAUACCCAACUGUGACACUCGGGGCUUCUACAGGAAAAAGCAGUGUCGCUCCUCCAAGGGCAUGCAGCGUGGCCUUUGCUGGUGCGUGGAUGAGCUCGGCACGCCCGUGCCCUCACAAGCCAGUGAAGAUGGUACUUUACCCUGCGAUGCGGAGUGAGUGAAGAUUCCGUCCUAUUGCUCUGAACCUGGAGGAAGAGGAGAAGGAGAAGGAGGUGGUAGUGGUGGAGGAACAGGAGGACAGGGAGAGGGGGUGGCUUUAGCACAUGUUAGACACUGCCUGGGCAGGAGGUAGCAGGGAUAAACCACUUCCUGUGGAAAUACACAGCAGUUAACAUUCAUGUCCUCUGUAGAAGCAAGACACACACUCUCACAGUCUAGCAGCAGCAACAAUAAUAUCUGCCUGAAUGUUCAACAGUUGCAGUACUGUCCUCUGCAUCAUCUGGCAACAUGCUGCAUGCUCACAUCAGUGCUCUGUGAACUGCCUCAGUGAUCCAAGUGGUAUUACUUUGAAUGGUUUCUAUAUUCCCUGGCUCUUGUCCUGGCUUUCUGGUAGAGUUUUAAUUGCCCUUUUUAAUUUAGAAUAGCUGACACUGCCUGUGUUUGUUCUGAUCUCAGUGGGCUGAAAUACUGUUACACAGGUGAUGUGACACAAAUGUUUGAGAAAUGUGUCUCCCUCACCGUCCUCUCUCCCUCUCUCCAAAGAUACACUGAUAUCAAUAUACCUAAGUGACAGAAUAUUUCUUUUCUAUUAAUUUAUUUUUUGAAUAUGUAUUUCCAUCAAGUACUGCUUGAAUCUUACAAUAUCUUAUAUAUAUGUCAAGUCAGAAAAAAUAGUCAUACCAAUAUGAUCCCAACAGCUUCUGUUCAUUUUAUUUGUCAAAAUGGUGUUUUGAUUGCUUAUUAGUUUAUUGUUUGUACAUAUGUUUGAACUUUGUGGUUGACUGUGUGUUCUGAAGUGGCAGACAAAAAGCUUACAGCUGUUACCCUUUCCAAAAAGUUGUAUGGCAUAUUUUUAUACACGUCAAUAUAAUAUUUUAUAUAUGAACUGUUGGUUCAUUCAAUGAACUACAGUACAAUGCCAUGUAUUUUUAUAUUGUCAGCAGUUUCUUAUUUAAAGAUAGAGAUUAUUUUAUUUCAUGUUAGGGGAAAUAUUGUGCUUCAAAGGCACCUUUAUGGCAAAACAUUCAGAGCUCUAUUCUCUUGACUGCUGUACAUCAUAUGGUUAUAGCUCAUGUUUUCCUUUUUAAUUUAUGCUUUCUUUAUUUGAGAUUUGCAAAUGUCCAUGUUACUAUUAUGUUUGUUUGUUUGUUUUUUGGCACAUUAUACUAUCGAUUCCAAUUUCAGGAAAAAAAAAGAUCAGAUUUGUUAUUCUUAUAGUAUGUCUUUCCCAAGUCCUUGCAAAAGUCAUGAAAUUGUGUGCUAUUAAAGUGUAAUUAGAUUUUAUCUAUUUCUGACCAAUCUUGUGCCAAUGUGUGUGACAGGUCCGUGCACAAAGGAUUUACAACUAUGAAAUAAAACAUAAUUAUUAAA